AUGAUUCAAUCUAUGCAUACCGGAAAAUUUUUGAAAUUACAAGGGCAAGAGGCUUGGGAAGCUCUUGAAGAAUUGUCUGUUAAUUCACAACAAUGGAAUUAUUCUGAGCCUAGGUCUAGAGCAAAUAAUUCACCUAAAAGGGGAGGAAAAUAUGAAAUUAAAGAAGAAACUGAUUUGAGAACAUCUUUUGAAAAAUUAGCAAGAAAAGUAGAAGCCUUAGUCAUAAGUCAAACUAUGAAUUCUCAUGUUCAACCUAAAAAAGAGGUUUGUGCUAGUACUUGUCAUAAUGAUCAAUCAUGUCCUUCUUUUCUUGAAACAUUUUCCGAAGAGGCUAAUGCAUUACAUUCAUAUGGUAAACCAAAUGAUAGCCCAUUUUCAAACACAUACAAUCCUAAUUGGAGAAACCAUCCCAAUUUUUCAUGGAGACAAAACCAACCACAAAUGAACCAAGGAAACCAAUUCAACAUGCCAAAUCCGAAUCAUGCCCAACCAAGUCAACCUUACCCUCCACAAAGAAAGCCUUCCUUAGAAGACACUUUACAACAAUUCAUGCAAUCCACCCAACAAAUCAUGCAAAAUCAAUCUCAAUCCAUUGCCAAACUUGAGACACAAUUGGGUCAACUUGCCAAUGCCGUAACUGAGAGAGAAAAAGGAAGAUUUCCUAGUCAACCCGUCCCAAAUCCUAAAGGCCAAUAUGAAGUAGGAGUCCCAAGUCAUAAAGAAGAAGCUAAGUCUAUUUCAACUCUUAGGUCCGGAAAACAAAUUGCCAAACCCGAUUACACACCUCAAGUUGAAAAAGACCAAAGCCAACCUCAAAGUUCCAACACAAAUGACUUGUCAAAAGAUAAUGAUCAAAUUCUUCCUUCCAUUCCAAAAGCUCCUUUUCCACAAAGAUUACUCCCAAUCAAGAAAGGCAACCAAUAUAGUGACAUCUUAGAAGUGUUCAAACAAGUAAGUAUCAACAUCCCCUUCUUAGAUGCCAUUAAACAAAUUCCUGCCUACUCCAAAUUCCUGAAAGACCUUUGCACUGUUAAAAGAAACACUAAUGUUCCAAAAAAGGCUUUUUUAACUGAACAAGUUAGUUCCAUAAUUCAAUACAAAAGCCUUGUGAAAUAUAAAGAUCCUGGUUGUCCAACAAUUUCAUGCAUCAUUGGUGAUCAUUUUAUUAACAAAGCUUUACUUGAUUUAGGAGCUAGUGUGAAUUUAUUGCCUUAUUCUGUUUAUAAGCAACUUGGUCUAGGAGAAUUAAAACCAACUUCUAUAACACUUCAAUUAGCUGAUCGUUCUGUGAAAAUUCCUAGAGGUAUUAUAGAAGAUGUUUUAAUUAAAGUGGAUAAGUUCUAUUUUCCUGUUGAUUUCAUUGUUCUUGAUACUCAACCUGUUGAAAAUGCUCAUGCUCAAAUACCCAUCAUUUUAGGUAGACCAUUUUUAGCUACAUCUAAUGCAAUUAUCAACUGUCGUAAUGGUGUAUUGAAAUUAUCUUUUGGAAACAUGACUGUUGAAUUGAAUGUUUUUAAUGUUGCUAAGUCUGUUGAGUGUGAGGAAAUACAUGAAGUAAACAUGAUUAACACGGAAAAUAUGUUUGAAAUGGACAUGAAUGAAUCUUUUGAAACUUAUGCAAAAAUGUUUGGAAUGUGCUUAAAUGUUGAUGAUUUUAUUCAUGAUGUCAAUUCUUUGCUUGAGUCUACCCCACUAAUGGAUACUGAAAAAUGGAAAGCCAAAAUUGAACCAUGUAUUCCAUUAGAGCAUGUUGAGUCAACUCCUGAACCACCAAAGUUAGAUCUUAAACCUUUGCCCGACACUUUGAAAUAUGCAUUUCUAGGAGAAUCUAACACUUAUCCCGUCAUCAUUGCAUCUGAUUUAGAUGAAAAAUAA